CUCGCGUUCACGCGCUUCCGCUCAUUUCCAAGCCAGGUGCUUGUGACGACGAAACCUCACAGAGAGAGAGAAAAGUGCGCUGAGACAACCAAGACUCCGCAGAAGAAGAAAUAAUAAUAAUAUUAAUAAUAAUCAUUAUUAUCGUAAUCAGGCUGGACUCCUGCGGAACCUUACUUUCACCUUUGUGGAUUUUUAACGACUUUUUUUUCCUCCUUUCUUUUCUCUCUCUUUUUUUCCUCCGUUCCUGCAGCAGGUCGGACAGAGUUGGACUUCAGAGAACAGCUGCCGUGGUUUUAGUUUGUGCAACUCGAGGAAGAACCGAGCCGGGUCCUGGAUUUUCCACUGUUAUUAUUAUUUUUUUCUUUUUCCCUCCCGGAUCAUCCCCCCAGACGUGGCAUGACCGGCAUCUGGCUUUUAGACAGGUGAACAGCUUCCUCUUCCCAUCACAACUUUUCCUUGUCACUGGCGCUGUGGAGGAGGGAGAAUAAGAUUAAUAAUAAUAAAAGAAAAACAAGGUGAAACAUGUCGAAGCCCGCUGAUCACAUCAAAAGACCCAUGAACGCCUUCAUGGUCUGGUCCCGGGGCCAGAGGAGGAAAAUGGCGCAGGAGAACCCGAAAAUGCACAACUCGGAGAUCAGCAAGCGGCUGGGCGCCGAGUGGAAGCUGCUGUCCGAGUCCGAGAAGAGACCCUACAUCGACGAGGCCAAGCGGCUGCGGGCGCAGCACAUGAAGGAGCACCCCGACUACAAGUACAGACCCCGGCGCAAGCCCAAGAACCUGCUGAAGAAGGACCGCUACGUCUUCCCGCUGCCUUACCUCGGGGACACCGAGCACCUGAAGGGACUGCCCGUGUCGGCCGCCGACUCCCUGCUGGGCUCGCCGGACAAAGCCCGGGCGUUCCUGCCGCCCUCCUCCGCGCCCUACUCGUUCCUCGACCCGAGCCAGUUCAGCUCCGGCGCCAUCCAGAAGAUGACGGAGAUGCCGCACGCGCUGAGCACGAGCACGUUGCCCUACGCGUCGUCGCUGGGAUACCAGAACGGCGCGUUCGGCACCCUCGGGUGCCCCAGCCAGCACACCCACACCCACCCGUCGCCCACGAACCCGGGCUACGUGGUGCCGUGCAACUGCACGGCCUGGUCGGCGUCCAGUUUACAGCCCCCGGUGGCCUACAUACUGUUUCCAGGUAUGACCAAGACUGGGAUAGACCCUUACUCAUCCGCACACGCCACUGCCAUGUAACCCCCCGCCCCCCACCACCACCAACACCCCCCACUCUUUUUAACUCACUUGAAUACACAGAAAUGCAUGUAAAUACACGGACAGCAGCGCGCGCCCCGUUAAAAAAAGAGAGAGGCAUGAACAGUGUUAAACUGCCCCUGGACUUACAGGACAAAAAACAAACUUUUCCAUAAAAAAUAAAUAAAAAAACAACAAAAAAAAAUCAAGAAGUUCCUGCCUGAGCAAAGGAGCUGGAGUUAAAGAGAACUGUAAGAAAUGUAAAUGUUAUAUGGCAACCAGAAAAAAAGGAGGCCUUUAACUUUAUUUAUUAUGUACAUUUCGAUGCUGAUUUGUGUUUAUUAUUAAUAAGCUGCUCUUUUUAUUUUACACAACAACCGGCACAACUAGCGCGUUCACGUUUCCUGUAUUGUCCUCAAACAUAUUGAGCGUUUUUUCUUUAUAAAUUAUAGGUUAAAAAUCUGGACUUUAUAAAGCUGCUUUAUAAACAGGUUUUAUUGUUUAUCAAAUUGAACAAAAAAAAAAGAAGCAUAAUAAAAAAAAUUUAAGGAAACACAAGAACAAAAAGAAAAUGUUUCAUUUGGACUUUUUUCCCGCCCUGUUCACUGCGUCAUUUCACUUUUUUAUUUAUUUUAUUUUUUGUCUAUUUAAUUUUCUUUAAAAGGAUAAAACUUUGACUUGAACCCAA